CGAAUUUGGGGCCCCCUAACUCGAUCGGAGUUGCAAUCUGUAAUUGCGUGGUAUAGAUCGUUUGUUAGUAAGUUAAAUUGAGUAGUAAUGUAAUAGUUAUGGUGAUGAAGUGUAAGUUUGUUGUGUGAGAGUGUCGUGUUGAGUGAUUUCUCGUUUGUGAGUGAAAUUGUAAAGAUUUGUUGUGAUUGAUGUGUUGAUGUGAUGGUAGGAUGAGUGAGACACACAUCACACAUGGAUGAGAGACUUCAUUCAGCAGUUUUGGGCAACAAAGUUGAUGAGGUGGAAGCUCAGUUGAAUGCAGGAGCGUCAGCUAAUGCGUGUGAUAGUAUUGGAUGGCCUGUACUUGUUACAGCUUGUUCUAAAGGCUACAUUUCCAUUGCACAAUUUCUCUUACAGAAAGGAGCAAAUGUUAACAAAGCAAAUUCUUAUGGUGUGACUGCUUUAAUGUCUGCAGCAUUUUAUGGUUAUGAUUCACUAAUUGUUAUGUUAUUAUCAUCCAAUGCUGAUGGUAAUCUGAAGGAUGAGAAUGGAUGGACAGCAUUGCAUUAUGCUGCUAUGAACAAUCACUCCAAAGUUGUUCGUAUUCUGUUAGAGAAUGGAUGUGAUAUGAACAUAAGGGACAAUAGCGGACAAACAGCACUGCAAUUUGCUGUCACACUGAAUCGGAAAGAUGCUGCAGAUGCAAUCAAGACAUUCACUGUGAGUUCCCCAACUGCAUCUUCAGCAUUAGUUGUACCUAACAGCAGUCGUACAAUCUCGACAGCAACACCAUUAAAUGUUCAUCUUUCUACACCAGUGACACAAACAAUGAGGACCACUACACCUACACAACAACUGAGAAAUGAAAGUUCAGAAAAGGAUAGACAAAUUGCUGAAAUGAGAAGACAAAUUACAGACCUACCGACAUCAUUGAGAGCAAGUGCAUGUCAAGUUGAGGAUUUACAAAGAGAGUUGGAGCAGCUCAGAGAAAGCAAUCAAGCCAUUCAAGCAGAGAAAUCUGCUUUACAGCAGCAAUUGGCUGAUCAGGAGGCUGUGACUCGUACUGUCGCUGAUGAGAAUGAACGUCAAGUGGGAGAAGUAAGGAGAUUGCUGCAGCUCAUGCAGCAACGUGACGAAGACAACAAACAACUACAAACAGCAGUUGAUGAGCAGAAACAUUUAGCAGCACAGAAACAGAGAGAAGCAAACGAACUGCAGGAGGAAAUCACAAGAAUGGCAAGUCGGUUAGAUGACAAUGAGAGACAACUGCAACAAAAGGAGGAAGAAUUGGAUGGCAAGAGAAACACAAUAGAGCAACAGGGAAGCACAAUAGAAGAACAGAGAAGGCAACUGAAUGUCUUGAGGCAGGAGGUGCAAGAGAAGCAGACGACUAAUGAACGUCUGGCAAGAGCCUUACAGAGAAGUGAAAGUGCAGUGCAGGAGCUGCAACAACUUCAACAUCAAUACGACAGCGUUACACUGAUCCGUGAUGACAGUUUACACGUGACUGGAUUAAAGUUGGGAGAAGGAGCUUAUGGAGAGGUUGGUGUUGGCAUGUGGAGUGGUGUAGGAGUUGCUGUCAAGACAUUUCAUGAAGAACCGGUUAGAGUAGACGAACUCAACAUUUCGUUCAUUCGACGUGAAGUGUCGGUGUCCAGUCGUGUCCAUCACCCCAAUGUCGUAUCCAUCUGUGGAGCUAUCAUCGAGAAUGAAGUUCCUCUUCGUAUCGUCAUGGAGCUUUUGGAAGGAUCACUGAAAGAUGUGAUGAAAGCUGCUUUGAGAAGCAGAUAUCUGUCCACGAGGGAACAAGUGGAUAUAGCUGUGGGAUGUCUGUGUGGUGUGAUGUAUCUCCACCAGCUGCAGCCUGCUCUUCUUCAUGGAGACAUUCGCUCUACCAACAUUCUCAUCGGCAAGACCAUGGAAGCCAAAAUCGGUGAUCUGGGCUCUUGUCGCUUCUCUAACGAGUCACUUUCUGUCGGUCCUCUCAGUCCACAAUACAUUGCACCAGAACGAGUCGUGGAAGGUCGUGCAGUGACCCCACGCAACACAACACAAGCCGACGUGUACAGCUUGGGAGUCACGUUUGUCGAGUUAUUCACAGGAGUAGGUGCAGAGGUGAAACGGCAAGAGAAUCCACGUGAUCGCAUUUCUGCAGCAGCAGCUCUCAUGCAAGUGAAUGCAGUGAAGCAGAAUGACGAGUACACUUCGUGUCCUCCCAAAAGGAUGGUGAAAGGCAAGAAACGCAAUGAAGACAAAGUGACACUCGUAGAGAUGCCGUGGAUGUGAUUUAGGAGCAGAUAAUUGUGAUGUAUUUGUUUGUCCGUUUGUCUCCAUUUAUCCAACUUUGCAGCUUGUUAUAAAUGCAAUAGAUGAUGUUGCACGUGUGUAGUCUACUGUGCAAUAUGAGUUGACAUUGAACUUUUUGAUAUUCUAGCAGUCGGUGUCAUAGUUUUUAAUUUACAGUUUCACUUUGUGCUGAUGUGAACUGUACACAUUCUCGUAGCCUUUUUAAAUGCUGUUUAUCACUUUUGUAUGUCAAUGCUACAGCUGAGUAUGAGUCUUUUAUAAUACAACUUGCCAAUCGAACUCAAACUCCACACAUACACGUUUGUCAGUCUGUCUGUAUGUAUUCACUUUAUACAUUAUGAUGGAUAAUCAGUAAGUCAUGUAGGACAACGUGUGAAUAGAAAACUCUUGCUGUUUGCAAUUGUUGGUCUGUUAGAUGAGA